UCGGGCUGAGCCUUUGCAACUUUGGAGAAGCGGCAUGGUUACCGGAAAUCAUACAAAUCCAGGAAUAAUGAAUAUGGAUGAGGAGAAAAAACUGCAGAGCUCUCUUUCCAAUGGAUCUGCAGGUGAACAAGAGGAAGAUGCAGCUCAUGGAGAACCAGUAUCCAGAUGUUUCUCUCGCCUACCUUUUCCCUCUUACCUAUUGAUUGGAAUUGUCAUCAUUUCUUACCUCAUCUUUGGCGGUUUCUUCUUUGGGAUGGGAAUAUUAUACCACCAACGGAAUGCAAUAAAAUGUAUACCGGUUACAUGUCCACCUGGUUGGAUUGGAUAUGAGAGACGUUGCUAUAAAUUUUCAGAAGAAGAAAAGACCCAGAAUGAGAGUCAGAACAUCUGUACAUUGCAUAAUGCUUUCCUAGCCAACAUUACAAAGGAAAUGGAUUUUGUGAAGAAAUUCACAAGAGACCACGUCUUUUGGAUCGGCCUCAAGAGAGAACCAAAUCAGCCCUGGAAGUGGCUAGAUGGAGAAAAUUCAACGUUGGAAGUCAUGGGAAAUGGAGGAAACUGUGCAUAUUUGAACGAUGAUGGCACUGCCGGCUCAGGGACAUGCAGCAAUACACACCGCUACAUUUGCAAAAAAAAUAUGAUUUUAUGAGAUCCCAAAAUGUCUUUAAACUGAUGUUUUUAAUAUUUUCAACUGAGGUUUUAUGGUCAAAAGAGGAAAAUAUAAAAUUGUUAAAAGUAUUUGGAUAUUGAAGUGAAAGGAGCUAUACAGUAGUAGCCAAAAUUGAUAGAAGAAUUCAGAGACUGCCUACGUGACCGAAGAAAAUCAUCUGGGAUGAAAUGGUGCAAUGCACUGUGAAGUUGAGUGCAAGGUCUGUUCAGCGCAGACUGCAGGAAUUUGGUCUAAAAUCUAGAAUUCCAUGAAAAAAGCCACUUUUAUCUCUCAAACAAAGGUGAAAGGACUAAACUGGGCUAAAACCCGUGUUAUCUGGACAGAGGAACAAUGAAACAGUGUUAUUUGGAGUGAUGAGACCAAGAUCUCCCUAUUUGGUAGUGAUGGCAUAAAAAUUCACUUUUCUCAAAAAGUUUCCACAAUUUUGGCCAUUACUGUAUGUAUUACUGUUUUAAGUUAAUAACGUGUAUACAGAUGGCAACAGGUGAGAGAGGAAAAAACAAAUACGUUGACAUAAAAUACUGCAAUGUCAGAGAAGCAGUCAAAGAAAAUGUAACAGACCUAAUUUAUUGUCCAUCGGAAGAGAAUUUAGCUGACUUUUUGUCUUGCAUUUGUUUGAUGUCUUUACUAUAAAAGGGAAUGUAAAAUGGGUUUCAAAGUUCUCUCUUUUGAUUGGAAGAUCCCACUUUAUUACUCUAUUAAAUUGCUUUUCAAUGA